AUGUUCCUCAUGAACGCCCCUCCAGUGGUCCCGCUCCAGUCUAGGUGGGAGGCCUUUGGCCCGCCUGGAGGAUUCGGGUUCCCCACCCGAGCCUCGGUCAGCGCCGGAGUGCGCAUGAUCAUCAGCUCGCUGCCACGUGAGGAGCCUCUGCGGGGCAUGAGCGAUGGGCGUGCCACGCAGAGGGACCAGCGAGCAGAGCCAGGGCGUGACGCCAGGCUGGGGGCCGGCCCUGCCAUGCACAGGGAGCAGCCUGUGUUUGUUACCUGUGGCCUUGCUGCUGACGGUGGCCCUCUGGGGCGGGAGGAAGUGGUGCACCUUGACCCCUCGGUGCUGGACUCGGACAGCGAUGACUCCGUCGACCGGGGCAUCGAGGAGGCCAUCCAGGAGUACCUGAGGGCCAAGAGCGGGGCUCCCCAGCCCAGCCCCUCAGCACCUCCUCCCUGGCCCACCCCGUCUCCCCUCAGCCCUCGCACACGGGCCGCCAGCUCCAUCAGCACCCCUGGCAGCUCUGCAGGGGCCGGCCAGGGCUCCACCUCCCCAGGCAGCGUGAGCAGUGAGGACUCCUUCGAGCAGAGCAUCCGGGCAGAAAUCGAGCAGUUUCUGCAUGACAAGAGACAACACGAGAACAAAAAAGGUGCGGGGCCUGUAGACGGGAAAACAGAGCCCGGUGACAGUGCUGCCACCAGACUUAAACCCUGCAGGGAGCCUCCCCCCAGGACGGCGCCCAGGCAGGACCCCGCAGGAGCCUGCAAGGAGUUUAUCUUCCGGAAGCAUCCCCGGUUGGCGAAGGCGAACACUCAGCCCAAGGCCGCGGAGCCCGACAGCCCCAGCCGCACGAGGCUGGCCGUGCCCAGGCCAGAGGCGGCGCAGCAGCGGGGCAGGGCCAGGAGGAACGCCAGUGCUGUCCGCAGGGGCAGGCGACCUCGGAGUGUGGCCUCUGUGCCAGAGGCCCCGGACUCCAGCAGCGAUGACGGCAUUGAGGAGGCCAUCCAGCUGUACCAGCUGGAGAAGACCAGGAAGGAAGCCAGCGGGGACCCACCGCCCAGAGCCCCGCUCAGAGAGGAGAGGGGGCCCAACACCCCUGCCAGCGGUGUGGGCAACACCCCGCCGAGUCCAGUGCUGGAGGCCCACGGGAGGACCCCAAGCAAGAAGAAGCCAGCAGCCCCCAAGGCCGUAGGUGUGCCGGGGGGCCUCGACCCCGAUCACCCCUCCAAAGCCCCCACAUCUCCAGGACACGCAGCCAGCAGGAGCGAGUCUGCAGAGCAGGCCUCGUGCCAGGCGGAGGCAUCCGCCGAGCUGAUGUGUGCAGAGGCGAUCCUGGACAUCUCCAAGACCAUCCUGCCGGCUCCCGGGCAGGGCGGCGACCCGCUUUUCCCCAGGGGCCCACUCUUCUGUGCCCCAGCCACCCCGGCCCACUCUGGUGGCGACAGCAGCGCAGUGGACAGCGACGACAGCAUAGAGCAGGAGAUCCGGACGUUUCUGGCUCUCAAGGCACAGGUGGGGAAUCCACAGCCUGCCCAGCACCCGCCGUCACCACCGGGCCCCAGAGCCCGGGCUGGCCCCACCACAACCCUUCUCUCUAAACCUCCUGAGCAGCCUGCGGGCUGCAAAAGGAAGCGGAGAGGUGGAGGGGGCAGCGCCCCACGGCCAACCACACCCAAGAAAACCAGGGACCCAGUAGACAGCACCCAGAGUGGCAGCCACAGCCAGACGGUGGUUGAGCCUGGCUGCGAAGGGCAGGACUCGGCCAGCCAGGCCAAAGCCAGCAAGGCCCCAGCAGGGCAGAGCGAGGCCAAGAGCCAGUCUGUCCCCUCCAGGACAGUUGGGCUCAUUGAUUCGCACGCGGCUCCAGGCUUUGGGAACCCCAGGAAGGCAGACAAGGGUGGAAGCGUCAGAGAGAAAGAGAGUUCUGAGGACAAGAGUAGCUCGCUAGACAGUGAUGAGGACCUGGACACGGCCAUCAAGGACCUGUUACGAUCCAAGCAGAAGUUGAAGAAGAGGUGCAGAGACCCCCAGGCUGUGGGCAAGAAGAAGGUCAGGUUUAGCACCACGGAGACACAUUUUGUGGAUAAGCAUUGUGGGCUCCCCAGAGACUGGGCAGGCGGGAACCCACAAGUGCUGAGGAGCUGUCUGUCCAAGUCCAGAGGACCCAGCGGGGUGGGUCUGGGGCCACCAACGUCACGAGCCUUCAGCAGCGCAGCAGAGAGAACCAAGGCUGGCAGCUCGGGGGCCAAGGCUGCAGCGCUGGCUUUCCAGGCAGGAAGGACCCCCCACAGGACCAUGCCUUCCUGGGACAUGGGAGCCAGCCUCGGCCCUCCCUCAGCCUCCAACCCCAGCUCCCUGUCCGAGGACAGCUCAGUGGACAGUGAUGAUAGCAUCGAGCUGGAGAUCAGGAAGUUUUUGGCAGAAAAGGCCAAGGAGUGUGUGAGCACUUGCGUUCAGGCAGGGAGUCAUGCUGCUCUGGGACCAGGGGGCCUGGCCAGGCCAGAGGUGCUAUGCAGGAAAGAGCCGGCACCGCAGCCUGGGAUACGAACCCGGAGCCAGAGAGCCAGGGCGGGCCCUCUGCUGACUGCAGGAGGCUGGGGCACGGAGCGGGCUGGGGCAGAGAGUGCCGCCAGCCUAGUUGUCCAGGGUGGAAAGGGAGCCUCGCAUGCAGAGCAGGCCGCCCGCCCACCGGCUGCCCUGGGCAGGUGUGAGGCAGCACUGCCCAGAGGUGGCAGUGGGAACGCCUCUGCCAGGACGCCCUCCGGGGGCAAGAGGAGCACUGGUGCCCACAGAGACCAGAGCCCGCGAGGGGCCGAGCCGGCCGCUGCCGAAAGUGCUUUCGGCCAGCUGCCUAGCUGUGCCAGAAUGACCACCGAGGCUGCGGGCACCGGGAGCAUCUUUCACCUGAACUAUGGCAGCGGGACGUUGCUGACCCCCAGCCCAGGACCCCAGGCUGACCUCACCCUCCCCUGGAGUGACUUUGCCCACCAGAGCAGGCUUUCCAGCCCCUGGACACUGAGCGCAGAAGGUCGGGGCUCCCCGUGGACAGGUGACCCCGGGAGCUUGAAAGGGAAGGGGGCAGAGGGGCCCACGAGGGGCCGGAGUGGCUGCAGCCCGGGCCCCCGGAAGAGCCUGCCCUUCACCAGCUUCCCUCCUCGGCUCUCCACCCAGAUGGUCCACUUUGGAAAGAGCAUUUCCUGGGGGGGCAGGCAGGCCGGCCUCUUCAGUCCCCACCUGGGCCUGCCUCUGCAGAGCCCAGCCUUCUCGGCCUUCAGGGAGACCCAGGUCGGCCACAGCCCUGUGUUCGGGAGCCCGUACUUGCUCACGAAGGACAGCGGGCCCCGGCCAAACAGGAGGGCACAGGGAGAGCUCCGCCUGCACUGCAGAAGCCUGGGCUCCGGGGAGGACAUCUCAGACCUGAGGUACGGCCACCUCGCGGGCGACGGGGACCAGCAGGACCUGGAGGCCCUGGGCAGCGAUGCCAGCGAGUACAGCGACACCUCCGUGGAGGACACUGGCGGCGGCGCAGCGGUAACGGGCAAAGUCCUCAAGCUGUGAUGGGAGCCCCGGAUCUUGUCACUUCGGUGGGAAGCGGCGCCACCAUGCGUGUGCGUGUUUGCACAAGUCUGCGCCUAGGUGGGAAAGUGGCUGGUGGUGAAAGAGCGGAAACCAGAGAGUCCUUUCUAGUAGCCCCGUAUGUAUGUGUGUUAACUUGAAAUUACGUUUUUAUUUAACAGAUGUGUCCUGAUAAAGAUAGGUUUUGUAGCUUUUUGUAAAUUAUUUCAAGUGUUGUUAAAAAAAAAUAUUUUUGGCCAAUACUGUGGUUGCGUUUUGUAGGGCAUCCCUAACCGCAGGCUUCUGUGGUCUGCUCAGGCGGCGAGGCGGAUGAGCUUUGCUGAUGAGCUUUGGCGCUCUCUUUCCCAGCCACAGCCAGACGCUUGGGCCAGCGCCUCCCGGCCACCUGCUAGCACACAAGCUGGGGCUUGGGGAAAGUGGCACUGGCCUGCUCGGAGCCUGCCGUCCUGUGCUGUGCCCAGAAGCUGGCAGGAGUUGCAAAGAACCCCAGGUCCCCAGGGGCCUCCGAAGACUGCAGUCACAGCCUGAGAUGAGAGAAUGAUUCAAAGCACAAAGUCCUCUGACCAGCCAUUCCGUCAGGUCCCGUCCGGUCCCGUCCCAUCCUGUCCGGUCCCAUCCCGUCCUGUCAUCCUAAGUGAGGUUGGAGCCACUGGCUCUGCAGCUCAGCCCUGAGCUGGACCGUGUCCAGUGUUGUCCAGUGUCUAGAGAA